AUGAGGAAAGAUAGUUUCUGUUCAGGCAAUCUUUCUUUCUUUCUUUCUUUCUUUCUUUCUUUCUUUCUUUCUCUUCCAUCUUCCUUCCUUCCUUUUUUCUUUCUCUUCAGUCUCUCUUUCUCAUUUUCUUUCUUUCUUUCCUUUCUUUCUUUCUUUCUUUCUUUCCUUUCUUUCCUUCCUUCCUUCCUUCCUUUCCUUCUAUAUUUCUUUCCUACAGCAUAUUUUUCUUUCUUUCUUUCCUUCUUUUUCCUUCUUUCCUUUCUUUCUUUCUUUCUUUCCUUCCUUCCUUCCUACAUUACUUUCUUACUUUCUUUCUUUCUUUCUUUCUUUCUAUUUUUCUAUAACCUUUUGUGGUUCCUAAAUAAAGCUACCACAUAUUUUUCUUUCUUUCCUUCUCUCUUUCUUUCUUUCUUUCUUACGCUUCUUCCGUCCUUUUGUUUCCUUCUCUCUUUACUUCUUUAUUUUUUAUUUCUUUCUUUUUUCUUUCCUUCGUGUCUUUCUUCUAUCUUUCUUUUAUAUUUUUGGCUUUCCGAAACUUCUGAUUCCUACGUAAAACUACUGCAUAUUUUCUGUCUCUCUCCCACUCUCUCUCUCUCUCUCUCUCUCUCUCUCUCUCUCUCGAUAUAUAUCUAUCUAUGUAUGUAUCUCCCUCUCCCCUUCUCUCUUUCUUUCUGUUAUACUUUCACCUUCUAA